UUAGCGUUCCUGUUACACCAUUCUGUUCAGUACAGACCUAUCUCGCUUGAGCUAGUCUCUAGUGACCCAUACAUGGAAUGUAUGGGGGUAGCAGUCAAGUGUGGAACUGCCGAGGUAGAGGUGCUUAAUGUGUAUAUCCCGCCGAUUAAUAGCUGUGAACCGCGUUAUUUGCCUGAUAUUAGCCCAUUAUUGGUAGGCAAUAACCGCCUGGUACUAGGGGAUUUUAAUGCCCACCAUGAGUUGUGGCAUUCCGUCCUAGGUAAUGACCAGAGGGGAUCAGCGCUGGCAGAGCAGAUUGACUGCUCCACAUUCUGCACGGUUAACGAGGAUGCCCCCACCCGAAUAAGAGGAGAGUGUCACAGUUCGCCAGACUUAACCAUAGUGUCACCCGGUCUGAUAAAUGACGUGACUUGGCAACCCGUCAUUUCUCUUGGCUCAGACCAUCUCCCGAUAAUCGUCUCCAUAAGCAGGUCGCCCGAUUUCAUAACCUCUGAACGCCGCACUUUCCUUAACCAUGGGAAAGCUCACUGGCUCGAGUUCAGAGAAUUCACCAACCGCCGCUUCAGAGAACUGCCCAACCCUUCUGAUGUUCGGGUAGCAGAAAGGAUUUUCCGAAACAUCAUCAGAGCUGCAGCCGCUCGCUAUAUACCUGCUGGUCGAAUACCCGAGAUAAGACCAAACUUCCCAGCAGAGGCAGCGGGAUUAGCAAACGAGCGUGAUGAUCUCCGUCGUACCAACCCUACUGAUCCUAGAAUCAGUGAUUUGACAAUGGAAGUCAACCGGUUGGUACAGGAGCAUAAGAGGAAAAAGUGGCUAGACCAUCUGAAGUGCUGCAACAUUGGAACCGAUAUGAGUAAGCUGUGGGUAACGGUUAAGUCGCUCUCGAACCCUGGAAAAAAGGAUGAUAGGACCUCAGUCACUUUUAACGACGUAACGGUGACUGAUCCGAAGAGUACUACGUCGUAUCAGAUCUCUUCCCGCCGAGGAGGAACCACCACAGUUUACGAUGGGUGAUGUUGCAAAUGUCAUCCGUAACGCUAAGUCAUCCAAAGCGUUGGGCCCGGACGGAAUCUCAAUGGUAAUGUUGAAGCAGCUGGAUACGCCGGGAGUCGAGUACUUAACGAAAGUUCUCAAUUUGUCGCUAGCCACCCACAUAGUGCCCGAAACCUGGAAAAUGGGCCGGGUGGUCCCGCUACUGAAGCCAGGCAAGGAUGCCAGUAAAGGCGAAUCGUACAGGCCGAUUUCGCUUUUGUCGCCAGUAGCAAAGACUCUUGAGGCUUUACUCCUCCCCAGCAUUAGAGGAAGUUAUACAGUUGCCAACCACCAGCACGGAUUCCGUCCACAACAUAGUACCACAACAGCAUUACACGCCAUUUCCACACAUAUUAGUAGAGGACUGAACCAGAACAGGC